AUGAUCGCAUUAGAAUUGCCAACACUUCGAUUCAAACUUUCUAUCGAUUCAGAAAUAUUCGAUAUUGAUUCGUUUUUCGAAGGAUCGAAACUGAAGAAUUUCACAAAGUAUCCUGGUUUGAAAUAUCCAAUAAUAACAAAAAAUGGAAGAAGAAAUGACUUCGCAAUCAUGUACACGAACGUGGAAUAUCAAUAUUAUUUUUUUCUGAGAUCAAGUAUUGACAGUGAAAAAAGUCCAUUUGCAUCACUUGAACUAAGAAAAGACGUUGAUUUCUGUCAUUUUAAUUGGAAAUAUGUGAGUUAAAUACAGAAAAUAUCGAGUAUAUCAUCUUGUAGAUAUUGUUGAGAUUAUUGAGGAUUUUUCUGAAAUAUUGACAACUGAAAAAUCAGAAUUAAUAAAUCAAAGGCGCACACAUUUGGAAAGCGCUAAGGUCUCGUAGCGAUAUCUUUUUGCAGGCCUUUUCAGAGAAAGUUUCAGGAAACGCUGAAUAUACCGCCUGAUUCGUCUCAUCGAGAUGAAUAAGGAGAUAGAUAUAUUCAAAUUACCAUAAAUUAUGGUUUGAAGAAAGUUAGACGCGAAAACACAAUAUUUUUAAGCAAAAAUUGUAAAAAUUUCAGAAAAACAAAGUAUGUUUCAAAAGCAAGAAUAAUGUGUUGAGUGUCUAUGAAUUUUCGGAAACAACGAGCUCAACCUCAAGGUAUCCUCUAUUCUUCUAAUUUAUCCCAUUAAAAUUCCAAUCUUAUUUCCAGCCCAAUGCAACCAAUUCUUUUGGAAAGAUAUACAAAGUUGAACAUGAACAAGUCCAUUUCUUAUGAAAAUGCACAAGGACAUGAUAUUUUCUUGGUGAGUCGCUGGGUUUUCUAGUUAUUGAAUAAAUGAAUACUUUUUCAACUACAAAAUUUACAGUUUCAUCACGAAUACAACUGGAUUUAUGUUCUGGACACUGAUGAGCAUAGUCGAGCAACUUAUGCGUUGAGAACUUAUCAACUUUUUGUGCCAAAAGAGUGGAAUUUUGAGCGAUUCCUUUUUGUGGAUGAUUUCGGAAUUAUCAGUGAAUAUUCACACUCGAAAAAUUCAUCACUUAUUCGACAAUAUUACUCGAUUAGAUCUGAGGUAUUUAAAUCUAAAUCCGAAUUUCUCAUUGAAUUCUCGUGAAAAACCUUUUUUUUCAGAAAUCUGGCCUCAAAUCCUACUGUUUGCAUAGUGGAAAAAUUGAUGGAACAAUCGGAAUUUUUGCACAAAAAGCCAUGCCACCGCAAACUCCAAGUAAGUUGAAAAACUCUCCUUGAACAAUUUUCAAUAAUAUUUUCCAGCUGCUGAAAAAUUGAUACAAUUGAAAAAAGAUCUCGAAAGUGGUGGAAUCACAACAAGUAUUACAAUUUUGUACAUUUGCACGGUCAUUUACUUGCUAUUUUUCAUUUGUUAUACUUUUAUUCCGCCCAAGAAACGAUUUAUCACAAAUGAAUUGGUGAGAACUUUUUUUUUAAAUUUUGUUUUCAAAAAAAAUGUUGCAGUUAUCAAUGGAGCGCGAAGUGACAAGAUUAUCACCAGUGAUUGAGCCGGUUAUUAUUGGAGUUCAUGAAUUUAUGAAUGGGGAGGUUAGUCAUGGGAACACGUAGAAUUUAGGGUCGCGCCGCGAUUUAUAAGGUUGUCCCAAAUCAAACUGUUUCCAGCUCGCGAAAGACGCUUUGAAGCAAAAGAAGGACAAUUGA